ACGCGCUCAUCGCCUCUGUCGCCUCGGGUUGUUCCUGACGCAUGAACCUUGGGAGACGUUGAAAACAGUGCACCGGCCAGGAGGAGGGACUGGCCCACGGAGGCCAGGAGGAGGGACUGGCCCACGGAGGCCAGGAGGAGGGACUGGCCCACGGAGGCCAGGAGGAGGGACUGGCCCACGGAGGCCAGGCCUCUCUGGCCCCAGAGGAAGCGGGAGCCAAGCCGAGGACGGAGGACCAUACCAGAAGAGAUGCUGAGGGCACGCCGCGGGCAGAGGAAGGCGGGCGCAGGAGCUGGACUGGUUCCGGGGCAGGCUGAGGGGCCUGGGCGGCCUGGGCCACCUGCCCGUGGGUCGUAGGUGGCACCAACAACAGCGCCCAGCUCCUGUGAGAGGCGCACCCAGCCAUCCACACCCCUGCCACGCAGGGCGUGGCUCCACCGGCCCUGCUGCCCGCCUCAGGGGCCAGGUCUGCCCUGCCCUGCGCUCCCUGAGCCGGGGGCAGUGGAGUGAUGCCUGCCCCCCCCCCCCGAGCCCAGAUGCCCAUCCAGCCGCCCGGCAAAGACCCCGAAGAGAUGGAAGCGGAGGGCGACUCGGCUGCCGAGAUGAACGGGGAGGAGGAAGAGAGCGAGGAGGAGCGGAGCGGCAGCCAGACCGAGUCGGAGGAGGAGAGCUCAGAGAUGGACGACGAGGACUACGAGCGGCGCCGCAGCGAGUGCGUCAGCGAGAUGCUGGACCUGGAGAAGCAGUUCUCGCAGCUGAAGGACAAGUUGUUCAGGGAGCGCCUGACUCAGCUGCGCCUGCGGCUGGAGGAAGUGGGGGCUGAGACGGCCCCUGAGUACAUGGAGCCCCUUGGGGGGCUGCAGCGCAGCCUGAAGAUCCGCAUUCAGGUGGCAGGCAUCUACAAGGGCUUCUGUCUGGACGUGAUCAGGAACAAGUACGAGUGUGAGCUGCAGGGUGCCAGACAGCACCUGGAGAGCGAGAAGCUGCUGCUCUAUGACACGCUGCACGGGGAGCUGCAGGAGCGGAUCCAGAGGCUGGAGGAGGACCGCCAGAGCCUGGACCUCAGCUCCGAGUGGUGGGAUGACAAACUCCACGCCAGAGGCAGCGCGAAGACCUGGGACGCGGUGCCACCCAGCAAGAGGAAGAAGGCACCUCUGGUUUCCGGCCCCUACAUCGUGUACAUGCUGCAGGAGGUCGACAUUCUGGAGGACUGGACGGCCAUCAAGAAGGCGCGGGCAGCUGUGUCCCCUCAGAAGAGGAAAGCGGAUGGGCCAUGACCCUGCUGCCCCCAGCCAGGGGGUUCCCGGAGCAGCUGGCACUGAACGCAGGCCUCGCGUACUCUUGCUGUGGGGAGGCAGACAGACAAGCCCCCCGGGGUGGCCGCAGUGCUGCCGGGACGUCCCCCUCUGGCCUGCACUGGUCUGCAUUCCUGCGCCUUAGGGCCUGCACAGCUGUGGCUCGAGAGCUGACCGGCCAGGCAAGACUGUCACCUCCGCCCCUGGCCACGAAGAAGGACCUUGACUCAAGCCAAAGCAGCAUCCUGCCCGCCCCUCGGGCCCUGGCUCUCUGCAGCCUCCGGGCCACGGCAGCGGGCCCCACUGCCCGGGAACUCUGAGCCAGGUGUCCUGUGCGCCCACCAGGCCGGAGCCGGCGGUGAGACACCGGCUCCCCGGUUCUCUCAGGUGGUUCUUGGUGUUUGCCUCCCACUCGCCAGGACUGGAAUUAAAACCUCUCGUAGGGC